AUGACUCGGUUGGACCAACUGCCGCUCGAACUGCUUUGUCUCAUUGCAAUAGAGUUGCCCAACGAGAGGGACAUCAAUGCUUUGGUGCAGGCCAACCAGAAUCUAUACCACCUUCUACAUUUUUUCCUAUGCCAGCAUAACAUCCAGUUCCAUCAGAGCUCAGCCUUGCUUUGGGCUGCCAAGAAUGGAUAUGCUGAUCUGGCGACAAGAUUACUGAAUGCUGGGGCGAAUGUCGCUGCAUUCGAGAGUCCGGCAGAGGUUGCACAUACCAUCGAUACCAGAGACCUCUUGAAGGAAAUCGAAAAUCCGUUAUUACUUGCCGCCCAAGGCGGGCAUCUCGGCACUCUCAAUUCCAUGCUUUCCGAAACACGGUCGGAUCGAGUCUGCUCACCAGCUCAGCUGCGUACCGUUCUUCACUGGGCUAUCCGUUCUCGCGAUAAUGAAAUUGUGGAGCUGAUGAUCAAGAAUCGCGCCCCUCUGGACCCUGCAGGCGAUGCUAUAUGGGCGUUCUCCGCAUUAGGUGUUGCCGUUGCCUCUCUGAAUGACUUCAUUAUCCCUCGGCUUCGAGAGGCAGGAGCAAAAUCAGGUGAUUCAGAACGCCCAAGUCCCCUCGCGAAUGCUAUAUUCACCAAUCAACGACCCGUGGUUGAGCUUCUUCUCAAACAAGGAGAACGGCUGAAUUCUGAUGGAGCUCUAAUGCACAUUGCCCGCAAGAAUGACAAAGAUCUUUAUCAACUAUUGAUCAAAUAUGAUGCUUUGGAGAUAGACAUUUUUGGCACUCAGGCGAUGUUCGCCGCAAUCAUGCACGGGCAUUACGAUAUGGUCGAAUCAUUGAUUGAGAAAGGCGCAAACCCAAACUUGACCUGGCAGUUCAUCAGUCAGGAUCUAGUGGAUUCGUAUACCACAAUAGGCUUCGCUCUACAUUUUGGCUACCUUGAAAUUGUGAAACUUCUGCUGGCGAAGGGUGUCCAUCCAGACAAAACAGACCUCCGGCUCGCCACGGAGAGAAAUUAUGAGGAAAUUGCACUCUUAUCGGAAUUCUCCUAUGACAACCUACCUAUGAAAGACGACGUGUCCAAUUUCGUUUAUUUUAACAGAAUGGCCAGGUUAGAUAAGGGUCUUGAGGCUAAUGUGAUGGCAGGCGGGCCUUGGACCUAUGAUACUACCGAAGUGGAAUGCUCGGAGGAUGCAACGUAUCCCAAUGAACGGGACAUAUAUUAG